CGUGUAAGACAACUCGUCAACGUGCAGCGGCUGGCACAACAACAGCAACAACAACCAAACGAAACGUAGGCACGCACAUACACACACACACACGCACACACACAACUGCAAAAUAAAGUUGUGUGAGCGCUGCGCUGCCAUUACCGUCGCUGCCUGCGCCAACGCCAAAGCCAACGUCGACGUCGUGUUGUGUUAUUUAAAUUUACUUUUGUGAAUGAAAUGCGAAAAAAAGCAAAGCGAAAAAAUAUUUUUUAAUAAAUGCUAAAUAAAUACAAGCUGCAAAAUACAACGCGCUAAAAAGUCACUCACACACACAUAAACACACACAUACACGCGCAUGUAUGUUUGUCAUAAGGUCGCGAUAUAUAGAAAUUGUCGAUAUGUAUAUACAUAUAUCUAUAUGUAUAUGAGCGAGUAAAAAUCAAUUACUUAGAAAAGCAACUCCAAAAAGCGCGUGUGCCACAAAAUCAAAAUCAAAAAAAAAAAGAAGAGGAAAACGGUUUUUUGGGAUUAGCCGACAAACACAACAGCAACAGCAACAGCAAAAGCAACAACAACAUCCAGCACACAAACACAUACACACAUCGAUUAAUUGGAUAUUACAACAACAAAAGGAUUAAUGCAUCUAUAAUCUGUAUUGCGGCUGGAUUGCUUUUGAAAAUCAAUAAAGCAAUCGAAAACGACGACGACGACGACGACGACGUAUUAACGAUUAAGAAGCGAAGAAUCGAGAGCGACAAGAAUUCGUUCCACCUUGUGUCUUGAGUGCGCAUUGUGUGAGAGGAUGAAGGCAACUGCUAGUCCACGGCAAAGCUAUUAUUACCGAGGGCAUUGAGGUUAAGAAUCUAACCAAUAUUGGUCACCACACUACAUGGAUCGCAGAAAUGGCGGCGAUCCCUUGGCGCCACCCCGGCCCCCUAAAUUAUUACCACGUGCGCAUCGUCCCAGGGCGCCGGAGCCACUGGCGAUGAGUGACAAUACAACGCCAUGUACAAACAAUUUGAGUAGCAACAGCAGCAGCAGCAGCAGCAACAACAAUAAUAACAACCAUUUAACAACAAGCCAACAGCAACAAUUGUUGCAUAGUAUUAGCGCAACAACGACGCCUACGAACAACAACCACAUCAGCAACAAUAACAACAGCAACAAUUCGAUUUCGAUAAUACCAUCGCACCAUUUGGCCGACAGAGACGACUAUCAGAUACAUCAUCUGACAUUUCUGCCCCAGCGUGCGCCCAGCAGCAGUCUUAGCCGGAACAGCAGCAACGCCUCGACGGCGAACAGCAACAGCAGUCAGAGCAACAACAGCAGCAGCAGCAGUAGCGGCACCCUGCCCAUCAGUUUUACGCGUCGCCGACCGCUACCCGCGACGCCAGGCAGCGCUGUACCAUUGCUGACCAUCUCUGGUAGCAGUAAUAGCAGCAGCAACAGCGUCAUCAACAACAACAACAACAACAGCAGCAACUUCCUUAGUCAUUUCCAAAGCGUUGAUCCAGUGCCGCCGCCGCCCGCCUCUCCAGUCACGCUGGCGCACCCGCGACCUGAAUCCGAAAGGCUCGCCAAUGAGUAUGUGGAUACGCCGUUGCGCAGUGUUGCGCAGCAAACGCAACAACAAUUGCAGCUGCAACAUGCGACACGCGCACAACAUCCGGCCGGACAGCAUCCGGAUAAUGGGCAGACAACGACGCAUCAUUUACUGCUGCUGCCGCAGCGGGAAUUGCUGCGACAACAUCACCAAAUACAUUCGACCGCGCAGCAGCAACAUCAUCAGCAACAGCAGCAACAGCAGCAGCAGCAGCAACAACAUCAUCAUCCCCACCCACGACUGGCGUCAGCUGCGGGUUCAGCUAACGUACAGGCGACAACAACAACAACAACAGGAGCAGCAGCAGCAGCAGCAGCAACAACAACAGGCAUUGAUGGCAUCGACGGCUUAUUACAUUCGCAUCAUACGCAUCCCACACAAUUAAAUGGCAACAUUAAAACACCUGCGUCUACAACAACAACAACAACAAUAACGGCAACUCCUGAUUUGAGGCACACAGAAAUAAAAUUCACGCCACCACCUCCACCACGUAUGGAUAACGGAUUUGCGGCAGCCGCCAACGCACAACCCAUCACACAACCCAUAACAAAGCAGCCGGCCAGCCAGAAACUGACGGGCAAGGAGAACUUGCACGCCUUGGAGGAGCUGCUCGAACUGCACGGCGUACAGCAAGUGAAUCCGGCUACGGGCCAGUUGGGGACAUCGAUUGCCAUCAGUGUUGAUCCCACGCCGCUCACUCCCAUUGUCUGUCCGAGGUGCGGUCGCUGUCGCUGCGAACAGUGCCAGAGUCCGCGACCAUUGCCACAGACCUGGGUGUGCAACAAGACGUGUCUGUGCAGUGCCGAGUCCAUCAUCGAUUAUGCCUCCUGUCUGUGCUGUGCGAAGGCCUUGUUCUACCAUUGCGCCAGGGACAAUGACAUGGAUUGCGAUGACGGCAAUGGCACACCCUGCGUCGAUAAUCCCUGUUCCUGUGGCCCCUACAAGCGCACCCAGCGCUGGGGCUGGCUGGGCGCACUGUCCAUUGUGCUGCCCUGCCUCUGGUGUUAUUGGCCCAUGCGUGGUUGCAUGAAGCUCUGCGAGAAGUGCUAUGCGCGAUUCGCCGGACGUGGCUGUCGCUGCCAAGGCAUUGUGGGCUCCACCUCCAGCAUGCUGCCCAUUGUCCCUUUGGGCACCAAUGGCGGCGUUGGGGGUGGCCUGGGCCCCGGCAAUGGCCUCAGUGUCCAAAAUGGCGGCUCUGGUGGUCAGAGCAAUGGCAAGGCUUUGGAUCACGGACGCAGCGAGUGCAGUGCGGCGAGUCGUAUAUUGAGAAAGGGGGAUCUGACGCCCGAGAAGCGACUGCUAGACUCGAGUCCGGACUACUAAAGAGAGAGAAAGAGGGAGAGAGCGCUGCAAGCUGGCGGAAGUGUGCGAGCGGUUUUAGUCGCGGCCUGUGCGCGUUUUGUGCGCGUUUUUUGCUGCGCGUAAAAAAUGUGCCACAAGAGCGCGCCAAGCGGCGCUGCUUCAGAUUUCAAAACCCAACAUAAAUCGACACACUAAUUUAAUAAACAAAUUAACAACAAUUAGAGUUAUGCAAACGCUGGCUUAGCAGGCAGGCAGGCAGGCAGGCAUGAAAGUGAAAAGGAGAACGAUUGUGGAGAAGUGUUUAAAUUUAUAUAUAAAUACAUACACACACACAUAUAUAUAUUCAUAUAUAUAUAUGCUAUAUAUACAAAAAAUAUUUAAUGUAUGAUUUAAAAACCAGAAAGAAAAAAUUAAAUAAC